AUGGUGGCCCUUCAUAAGGGAGAUGUGGUCACUGUGAACUACUCGAGCAAGAGGGAAGUUAAGUUGACCAGGAAGGAUCUAGUAGAGCUCGUUAAAAUGAAAGACCUUCAACACGACAACAUCAUCUUCUUCUUGGGAGCCUGCAUCGAGAUUGACAGAAUUUGCUACCUCACUCAAUACUGCGCCAGGGGCAAUCUCCAGGAACUGUUAGCUGAGGUGCAAACUCCGAUCGAUUGGACGUUCACUCUGUCGUUCACAACCGAUUUAACUAAGGGGAUGAACUACUUGCACAAAUCCUUUGUAGUGCAGCAUGGCAAGCUGAGUAGCAGUGUCUGUAUGAUUGAUAACAAUUGGGUCCUAAAAGUUACCGGAUUUGGCUUACCAGCGUUCCGUACUAAAAUGAAGGAGGAAAAGCAUGGAGAGAGUUUCUACAGGGAUCUCCUCUGGACUGCUCCUGAACAUUUGUUUGCACAGAAUUCAAAUGAUAGUAGUCAAAAAGGAGAUGUGUUCAGUUUUGCAAUCAUAGUCUACGAGAUGGUCUACAAGUGUUUUCCAUACCAAUCCACCAACCUUCACUACAAAGACAUAAUAAUGCGCGUGCUCGAUUGCUCCGGUGAUCCAUUCCGCCCAGUGUUGCACCUGCUGAACGAAUCGGACGCCAACCCAGCCAUUUUGAACCUGAUCAAGCAGUGCUGGGCUCAACAUCCGAACCUUCGUCCACCCUUUGAUGUCAUUGAAAAAAUGGUGAAAGCAUUCCACACUGGAAAAACAAACAGCAUCGUUGACAGCAUGUUGAAGAAGCUGGAGAAAUAUGCCAGCAACUUGGAGGCCAUUGUUGAACAGAGAACUGAAGAGCUGAUUGAAGAAAAGAAAAAAACUGAUGUUCUCUUAAACAGCAUUCUUCCACCUUUUAUAGCAGAAGAGUUGAAAGCAGGGCGCAAAGUUGAACCGAAAGUGUACCAGAGUGCCACGGUGUAUUUCUCAGACAUCGUUGGGUUCACGACGUUAUCAUCUGAGAGCACUCCCAUGCAAAUUGUGGAUCUGCUUAAUGAUCUCUAUGGAGCAUUUGAUGAUACCAUCUCCAAGCAUAAUGUUUACAAGGUUGAGACGAUAGGAGAUGCGUACAUGGUUGUGAGUGGUCUGCCUCAGGUAACAGAGCGCCAUGUCGUGGAAAUAUGCAACAUGGCAUUGGAUCUGCUGGGCAUCGUCAAGACCUUCAAGAUCAGACAUCGGCCUGAGAUGACACUCAUGUUGAGGAUUGGCAUUCAUUCGGGACCUUGUGCUGCCGGAGUAGUCGGUCACACGAUGCCUCGCUACUGCUUGUUUGGCGAUACGGUCAACACCGCUUCCAGGAUGGAAUCAACUGGUGAAGCCCUCAAAAUCCACUUGAGCACACCAGCCAGAGAUCAACUCCUCCAGUUUCCUGGCUACGUCAUCGAGUUGAGGGGUCCCACUGAGUUGAAGGGCAAAGGAACGAUGAUAACGUACUGGCUGUUGAGAAAGGAAAAUAUUUCUAAAGAUGAAAAAUCGGAGCUCAAAUUGUGA